CAAGAGAGAAUGGAUUUGGAAAAUGACUCUUCAGUGACUGAGUUCAUCCUUGCAGGCUUAACAAAUCAACCAGAGCUCCAGUUCCCCCUAUUCCUCCUAUUUCUAGGGAUCUAUGUGAUCACUAUAGUAGGGAACCUGGGAUUGAUCACUUUAAUCAGUAUGAAUUCUCAGCUUCACACUCCUAUGUACUAUUUCCUUUUCAACUUGUCUUUCAUAGAUUUCUGCUAUUCUUCUGUCUUUUCCCCUAAAAUGCUGAUGAAUUUUGUCUCAAAGGAAAACAUCAUCUCCUAUUCAGGAUGUAUGGCUCAGCUCUCUUUCUUCUGUUUUUUUUUUUUUGUUAUUUCUGAAUGCUGUAUGUUGACAAUAAUGGCUUAUGAUCGUUAUGUUGCCAUCUGUAAUCCAUUGUUGUAUCAUGUCACUAUGUCCCAUCAGGUCUGUUCAUGGCUAUUGGGUGGGGCUUAUGUAAUGGGUUUUGCUGGUGCAAUGGCCCACACUGGAUGCAUGCUGAGAUUGUCCUUCUGUGAUACCAACAUCAUCAACCAUUAUAUGUGUGAUAUACUGCCCCUCCUCCAGCUCUCCUGCACCAGUACCUAUGUCAAUGAGCUGGUGGUUUUCAUUGUUGUGGGCAUUAACAUCAUAGUACCUAGUGUCACCAUCUUCACCUCUUAUGCUCUCAUCCUGUCCAGUAUCCUGAGCAUGAGCUCCACUGAAGGCAGAUCCAAAGCCUUCAGCACCUGCAGCUCCCACCUAAUUGCUGUGGCUCUUUUCUUUGGGUCAGGUUCAUUUAUGUAUCUUAAGCCAUCUUCGUCAGGAUCAGCAGACCAGGGCAAAGUAUCUUCAGUCUUUUACACAAAUGUUGGACCCAUGCUAAACCCCCUCAUUUAUAAUCUGAGGAAUAAAGAUGUUCAACUUUCCUUAAGGAAAACCGUGAGAAGAAUGUUUUCAUGAUUUGAAUU